CAAGCGAUUUCACACGUGCUCCCUUCCCUUUCCACGCCGGAAACGCCUCCCUCUGUAGUCGUCUUCUCCAACCCCACCCCUCCCUACUCAAUCUGCCAGACUAAUCUGAACCCUAGAAAUUUCCCCCUUCCUACCCCACUUCCCCAGCUUAUGUAUGUGUUCAAUCCGACUUUAAGUUUUUAUUUUCGUUCGGAUCACAAAAUCUUAACUUACAUGAUUUUUAAUUUUAUUUUCCAUUUCCUCUUUUCCUGCCGUGUGUGUGACCUAGUUCACUGGAAAUUGAAAACUAGUGUUGGUUUGCUCUGCUAUAUAUAUAUAUAUAUUUUGUCAAGAGGUAUGGGGGCGGUGACGUCGUCGAUGGCGGCGAAGUUCGCAUUCUUCCCGCCGAAUCCGCCGUCGUAUUCUCUCGGAGUUGAUGAGGUGACCGGGAAUCAGACGAUGACUGGGGUGGCCUUGAGGGAGAACGUAGACGUGUUGAAGCUUUGCACUAAGAGGGGGAACAACAUCGUGGCGAUGUACAUCAAGAACCCAUCGGCGUCGCUCACGAUGCUUUACUCGCACGGAAACGCAGCUGAUCUGGGUCAGAUGUACGAGUUGUUCAGUGAACUCAGUGUCCACCUACGAGUCAACCUGAUGGGCUAUGACUAUUCUGGGUAUGGACAGUCCUCAGGGAAGCCAAGUGAGCAGAACACUUAUGCAGAUAUAGAAGCUGCUUAUAAAUGCCUGUUGGAUAAGUAUGGAGCAAAAGAAGAAGAUAUUAUCCUGUAUGGGCAAUCUGUUGGCAGUGGACCUACUACAGAUUUGGCUACCGGUUUACCAAACCUUAGGGCUGUAAUUCUCCAUAGCCCAAUCUUAUCUGGCCUCCGAGUUAUGUAUCCUGUGAAGCGGACAUACUGGUUUGACAUUUAUAAGAAUAUUGAUAAAAUCCCCUCUGUCAAUUGUCCUGUUCUGGUAAUUCAUGGAACUGCAGAUGACGUAGUUGAUUGCUCCCAUGGCAAACAACUUUGGGAACGUUGUAAAGAAAAAUAUGAGCCCCUGUGGAUUAAAGGAGGAAAUCACUGCGACCUUGAGCUUUACCCCCAAUAUAUAAAGCACCUCAAGAAAUUUAUUGCUGCCAUUGAGAAGUCUCCACGUCAAAGAAGUGGACCUGGACUCAAUCCUGAUCAACUGGACAAAUCCCGAAAUAGCACAGACUUUAGAGAAAAACCCAGAGCCAGCAUGGAUCAAAGGGAAAAUCUUUUACGGAGUACUGAUCAUAGAGAAAAGCCUAGGCCAAGCAUUGACUGCAAAGAGAGGCCAAGAGCUAGCACAGAUAAGAGAGACAAAUCAAGAAAGAGUGUAGAUCGCCCUGAGAAGGCAAACAAUGGAAUGGAUCAGCACGAGAAAGCUAGAAAUAGCAUAGACCGCUUCGGGGACAUGGUGAGAUCCGUUCGAUUGUGCAACAUUCAUUGUUUCAAGCCCGCGGCAACUCAUGCAUAAAAGAUGAAAAUUUACGUAUGGAGGUCGUAUUCUUCUCAUUAAUUAUAUGAUUGGUUGAUGGGCUGUUCGGACGACAGGAAAAUGUCCCAUUGUGUUUGAUUUAUUUGCCUAAAGAAAAGAAAUAUAUGAGAGUAGUUUAACCAGGUUGAUUGCGAUCCACUAUCAACUUUUGAGUGCAUAAUCUAACCUUUUUCUUCUA